GUCCAGUCGCGCCUCCAGAUACUUUUGCCGCCUCGAUCGUGGUGCGAUCUGGCUGUUCGCUUCGCUCGCUUGUCCCUGCACUCUCCCGCCUCCUGCCACCAACCGUCCAAAGUCAUGUCCGCCGACGAGCUGAAAUCCCUCGGAAACAAGGCCUUCUCGGCCAAGGACUACACCACCGCCAUCGGCCACUUUUCCAAGGCCAUCGAAAUCGAUGCCUCCAACCACGUUUUGUACUCCAACAGAUCUGCCUCAUACGCUUCCCUGAAGCAGUAUACCGAGGCCCUUGCUGAUGCCGAGAAGGCCGUCGCCCUCAAGCCCGACUGGGCAAAGGGCUACUCUCGCAAGGGCGUAGCUCUCUUUGGUCUUGGCAAGCACUCCGAUGCUGCUGAAGCCUACCAGGCCGGUCUCAAGAUCGAACCCGAAAAUGCUGCUCUGAAGCAGGGUCUCGAGGAUGUCGAGAACGCCAUGGCCAACGAAGGCUUGGGCGGCCUUGGCAAACUCUUUGGUCCCGACGUCUGGACCAAGAUUGCUUCCAACCCCAAGCUGAGCCCGCUGCUUGCCCAAACCGACAUUGUCCAGAAGAUCAAGGACAUCCAGGCCAAUCCCAGUGCCAUCAACAUGUACAUGCAAGACCCCCGUAUGAUGACCCUGCUGAUGGGUCUGAUGGGUCUCGAUGCCAACGUCGCCACCGCCGAUGCUGACGAGGCCCCGGCUGUCGUUCCUGAGCCUGCCCCGGCUGCGCCUGCCGCCUCGUCGGCCCCGAAGCAGACCCCUGUCCCCGUGGCCAAGGAAGAGAUCCCCGAGGUCGAAAUGGACGAUGAAGAGACCCAGAAGAAGCGCAAGCGAGCCGAGAGCGACAAGCACAAAGAUCUCGGCAACGCCGAGUACAAGAAGCGCAACUUUGAGGCUGCCCUGAAGCACUACGACGAAGCCUGGAAGGCCGACGAGACCAACGUUGCCGUCCUGACCAACAAAUCUGCCGUUCUCUUCGAGAUAGGCAAGUACCAGGAGACCAUCACCAUCUGCGAACAGGCCAUCGAGACCGGCCGCGAUCUUCGCGUCGACUACAAGCUGAUCGCUCGCGCCUUUGCCCGCAUCGCCACCAGUCACCACAAGCUCGGCAAUCUUGAGCUGGCCAUCAAGAACUACAACCACUCCCUUGCCGAGCAUCGCACCCCCGACACCCUCAACAAGCUGCGCGAGCUCGAGAAGGAGAAGAAGGAAGCCGACCGCCUUGCCUACCGCGACCCCAAGCUCAGCGAUGAAGCCCGUGAGCGCGGCAACGAGCUCUUCAAGAACUCAAAGUUUAGCGAGGCCAUCAAGGAGUACACCGAGGCGAUCAAGCGCAACGACCAGGAUCCUCGCAACUUCUCCAACCGCGCUGCAUGCUACACAAAGCUGAUGGCGCUUAGCGAGGCCGAGAAGGACUGUGACGCUGCCAUCAAGCUCGACCCCAGCUUUGUCAAGGCGUACAUCCGAAAGGCCGCCAUUCUCUUCACCAAGCGGGAGUACACCAAGUGCAUUGAUCUGUGCAACGAGGCCAAGGAGCGCGACACCGAACAAAAGCACACCGAGGAGAUUGAGAACCAGAUCAACCGAUGCAUGUUCUCCCUCAACCAGAUUCAGCAGGGCGACGAUACCGAGACCCAGAAGCGAGCCAUGCAGGAUCCCGAAGUCCAGGAGAUCCUGGCCGAUCCUGUGAUGCAGACGAUUCUGCAGCAGAUGCAGCAGGAUCCUCGUGCCGCCAACGACCAUAUGAAGAACCCUGCCAUUGCUUCCAAGAUCCGAACGCUCAUCAACGCCGGCAUCAUCCGCGUCGGUCGAUAAGCGUCUGGCUUCCGUCCUGCCAACACCACUCUGCGCAUCCUGUCCCUCGUCGACGUGUUACUUCGCUUCCACUUGCUCUGAUGCGUGUUUGUGUUGUCCACCGUAUCGCUGUGCAUUCGUGAGCAGCAUAUCCCGUGCGAAUACUGUCAAUCCAAGUGGAGGGAGCACGCCCUUGGGAGGAUGAUCUGUGUGGUCUGGUCCAUACAUAAUAUUCAGGAAAAAAAGGGACUCUUCCCAUUUCCAUUUGGACAGCGUCGUCUUUCAUUGUCUGUCCAUGUGCAUGCAGGUGCCUGCGAUGGGUGAAGAGGUGGUGGACCAAACGACCUGGGCGUCCCACUGUUGUUUCAACACUCAGUUCAUCUGGUCCUGUGCACCAUGCGCAGCCCGUUUUCUGUCUGUGCCCAUGA